AUGUGUACAGAGUAUGGAGGACAAACAUUGAAAUUGGUUCCUCAAAAGGCUAAGCAACGGCUUCUUUCGCGGGCGGCGGCGUGGUGGCCCUUCCCGCGACCGGCCGCUACCGGUUCCCCGCCCUGUGAGCUAACUAGCGAGGCAUGGCCUGGGAUCCCAGCAUGCGUCGAGAGACCAGGAAUUGAUCCGUCCACUUGUCUUCGCUCCAGGAGACGCGACACGGGAAACAAGCAUGGCCGUUUCUUAGGUAUGACGCCGCAAUUGUCUCUGUGCAGCCUUAGAGCCAUGCUUGCUGCAAUCGACAGCAACUCCUGGAGGCCGUUAAAAUGCCCCAAUCGCAAUGCAUGGGGAACGAAACCCUGUCGAUUCCGCGUUCAAACUUGCAAGGGAUUUUCGAACAACAUUCUUCCCGAGGCUGGCGUUGAAAGACCGCUUCUAGCGUUCCUCGUUGGCAGGCCGUGCACGUGCACCGUGGGAUUUGCAAGUUUAACGCGGCAUUCGCUCCACCGACCAAAACCCACAAAACGCCUGGCCCUCUCCUCCGAAAUGGACGCGUUAUCGCCGGAGAAUAUUGAGCUUACUUCGUCCACAGGUUCAAUGAUCUGUGCUAGUCCUACGAUUCCCCGUAAGCUGCAGAUUCCAACCGACGCUUCAAAACCAAGGGAUACUCCCAAUGAUCACACUCCUUGCUACGACGCCAACUGUUAUCGCCAAGAGGCGCACAACUCGCUAUGGUGCGGUGCAGGGCGGAGCAUGAGACCGGAGCAUCAUGGUGGCAUCUGCGGUCGAAGGGAAGCGCCUGUGUCGCAAGACAGUCUGACGGAGAAGCGUGAAAGUCUCGCAGCCAUGGAGAACGGAGGCGGCCAGCUCACAAGCCGCAUCAGGAGUGCCACAGAACCCGCGAUGUCAGACGUGAACGGGCAGAGCGUCGCAGAUGAUCGUAACGGGAGGCCGAAGACGCUCGAUGAGGCAAGCCGGGGUAGCGCUAGGCCGGAUCGGUGGACGGGCGCUUCGACACCGUUUGGGUUGGAGAUGUGGCAUCUCUGCCUCAGUUUUUCGCAUCCCCCAAAGAGGGCCGGCGCUUCGGUUCACUUCCAUGACUGGCCCGUGCUGGCUGGCGGCAACCUCCCUCUCCUCUCUCCUCCUCGCCGCGAGAAGCACCUCCAGGGCGAGCGAAUCGUGAUGGCGCUACGUGUCUCUCCGUUCUUCACGGCCUCUUGGCGCGCAACCCCCAAUCAUCAUGAGACGUCUCUGUCGUCAGUCCGGGCCACGGCGCCAAACGGCCUGGAGAGCAUGAAUAAUUUUUCGCACUCCUGA